CGGAGGAGCACUUGUGAAUUGUUUUGUGCUCACAAAAUACGAUCUUUUUAUCGUUUGACGGGCUGUUUAUCGUGCUCGACUUUAUUACUCCGCCGCAGUCUGAGACCAACAACCUUCGCUCUUGUGUUUCUGAUGCACAGUCGGAAGCGAAUUAACUCUCAAAUCAAAAUUCAUUUUCAAGAUGUCUGUGUUACUUCUACUCCUCUACACCACAUCGACAAACUGCUAUCGGUAUCUCCCACACUCGGAAGAGCGGUUCUCAUACGUAAACGCGCGGAACAAACACCCAGUGAAGAUAACGGACGUACCCCAUCAAGCGCUGGUGGUUUACGACAACGAAUACUGCUCAGGGAGUCUCAUCUUCAGCAGGAUAGUGCUGACGGUAGCCAGCUGCUUCGUGCAGGCGGACGUGGAUAUCAAGUGCUCGGUCAAACUCGGCGCGAACACUGUCACUGGUGUUGGGCAAAUAAUUCCGGUUAUUGAAAAAAAAAUUCAUGAAUAUUAUAAACAUGAAGUGCCUCUAAACAACGAUAUUGCCUUGUUGGUACUUGAGCGUAAUGUUGUUUUCGGAUUAAACGUUAGAAAAGUUAUCAUAGUUGAACCUGAAAUUAUCAUUCGUACGGGUACCACAAUAGAUGUGACUGGAUGGGGUGGAUCAAAUUUGCCCAUGAAGUACGUGCACCGCCUGUUGUUAUCCGAAAUGAAAAUAGCAACUGAUGAAGAAUGUGAACAGAAGUAUGGAAAGCUGAAAACACAUUCCAAUUUUUGUGCCAGAUAUCAACCGGAACGACGACUAAGCGAUAACGGAGGUUCAGCACUGUACAAAGACCAUGACAUAGAUUUAUUGGUUGGUAUGCUGUCAUUUGGAGGCUCCUUCACUGAAGAACAUGAAUGUUUAGCUUUAUUCACGAAUAUCUCUUACUUUCACAGGUGGAUCAUCUUCAACAGCCAACGCCUUUUGAUGAAGCACUGUAUUGAUGAAAACACAAUGUAUUCCUCCUACGAAUACAAUGAUAGCGAAAUGGAUUCCUAUGAAUAUGAAGUUCGACAAUAUGUUUAACAAUAGAUACCUUACAUUUGCUUAAAGUCAAGAAAAAGCUACAUAGACUUUAUAUUUCUUUUGCAGUUUUAAUGUCUUAUUAUUGGCCUCAUUGAGUUUUAAUCUAACUUUGUUUGAUAAAUGUUUUUUUUAUAUU